AUGCCAAUGGACAUACCAUCGCUGCAGCAGAUGGGACAGGCCGGAGAGCGAUGUAACAGCCAGCCGGCUGCAAGAAUCAGUAAAAAAAGCCCAAAGAAAUCAGACGACACCGAACUGCAAAGCUCGUCAGAGAAGUCAACAGUUGGUCGAAAUAACCAAAAAAAAGGAACAAACCCAUUUGGAGAUUCAGAACCAAUAGCGGAAGAGAAAAGUCAAGGCCUACAGAACACUUUUGGAGGCUUUAGAAUGAGUAAAAAAAUGUCAAGGAAGCAAAGUGAAGGAGAACAACAAAGCUCUCCAGGGACGGAAUCAACAAAUAGGAGGGAUUACAAAGACCAAGAACAGAAGGAUGGGACAAACCCAUUUGAAGAAUCACAACCUCAAGCUGGAGUGAAGAGUCAAGGUUUGUCGAAACCAUUUGGAAGCUUUAGAAUCAGUAAAAAAAGCAGAAAGAACUCAAAUGACACCAAACUACCACGCUCGCCAGAGAAGUCAAACGCUGGGAAAGAUAACAAAGCCCAAGAGGAAAAAGGAGAAGCAAAACUAUUUGAAGAGUCAGAUUCAAAAGCGGAAGAGAAAAGUCCCGGUGUGCCGAAUCCUUUCGGGCCCUUUAGGAUCAGUAAAAAAAAUUUGAAGAAACCACAAGAAGCAGAAGAGCCGAGCUCCCCGGAGAAGAAGGAGUCACCAGCUGGACUCGGCCAAAUGUUUAAGGGCAGUAAAAGAGGUGGGAAGCGCAAUAGCCAAGUGGAAGAGUUAAACUCUCCAGACAAAAAGGAACCCUUUGGUCAACUUGGCGCUAGGUUAAGUAAAAUUUAUAAUAAGAAGAAGCAUGAGCAUGCGGAAGAGCCAAAUUCACCGGAUAAGAAGGAGUCUUCUCUGGUCCAAAAAGUAAAAACUAGCAUGAAGGCAAAAAAGAAAAUAGACUUUAAUGAACCCGAAGACAACAAUAGAAUAGAAGAACUUAGACAAGACAAGAUGGAAGCUGUUGAAGAAGAAAAUAUUUUGUCCGUAAUGCAAAUAAAUGAACUUAUUCAUAGCAGACAGCUUCAGAAGGCCUUCAGAAGUAUCAAAUUCAUGGAGGACAAGCUCAUAGAAGAGUGCAAGGGCGACAACUACUAUGAGAAUAUAACAGAGUUCACUAUACGAGCAAGAGACGUGGACUUGUUGUACGGAUCCCUGUUUAACAUGGUACGAUCCAUUGUGAAAGAGACUCUGGAUCAGGAAGUGGAUGAGCCUUUGGCUGCUGCUGUGGUCUACGUUAUAGAAAACGAGGCCAUCCUUCAUGAAAACACAAGCGUACCUUUGGGAAAUUCGGAGAUCAUUCUUGGCCAACCAAGACGAUGGAAACAUUUAUGGAAGGAAGCGGUUAAAGACUGCGUGGCCAAACGAAUAGAGUCAGUGCCCCACAACCCGACAGAGGAGAGUUGGCUUCCAAAACACUUGGCAAACCUUAAGAUCAAUACUUUACAAGACUUGUUAAAAGUGAAGAACUCCUUAAUGUCUCUUUAUCCUGAGGACUACAAGGUGUGCUCCACCUAUCUCCGAAGCUUUCAUGAUGCCCUGUCUUCCCAUUUACAGAAGAAUGUGGUGACCCAUGCCUCAGAACCGAGUCAAUUGUACAGCCUGCUUGACUUCAUCAUGAAUAAGUACAAAAGUGAAGAAUUUAUGGGCAACCCUGAACUUCACCCGGAAAUUAACACUGCCAGUCUCCAGCCCGUGCUGCAGGGAGAAUGCUUUGAAAAAUUAAAAAGGGAUUAUAUCACUGCACUAAAGGGAAUCAUACAAAAAUAUUUCCAGAAGAUACUAGAGAUGGAGAUGAAAACAUGGGAAAAAGGGGAGGAGGUGGAGGAGGAGAUAUUCAAGGAACUUCCACUUUUCACAGAUAUUGAACAUAUAAUUGGGACGCAUGUCAGAGAAUCAUCCAAAUUGUCCGAGGAGCUGGAGACAUUCUCCUUCCACAUUUGUGUGGAGCACCUGGGCUCAUUUUCCACAAGGCUACAAGAAACCUUUAUGAAGUGGUCAGGAAAUAAUUUCAACCCUGUGGCCGUUCAAUAUUCAGUGGUCUACAUUAACAGCCUAACCAAACUAAGACACAACACGACGCAGUCAGACGCUGAACAGUGCAGGAUAGCGGAAACCAAUCUAAACACCGCCAUAGAGACCCUCAAACAACACAUAUUCCAUCUUUUUACAAAGGACACGAAGCCACACUUCCAGAAACUGAUAACUAAGAAGUGGCUGAAGAAGUGCACAGCGUUCAGUGCCAUUAUGAAGUCAGCUAAGAUACUGUGCGGGUGUGUGAUGCAUUUCACCUCCCCCCAUGAUAAGGAAAUGGCGUGCCGGGUGCACAAGUACCUAGUGAAGGAAUACAUUGCACAGAUUAUGAAGAGGAAGAUGAGUCUUAAUAAAUUAAACAGGAAGAAAGCCGCUGAAAAAAUGAAAGAGGACGGCAACUUAUUCAAUACGGUCGCUGAAGAUAUGGGAUCGGACCGGCAAGGACUGUAUGAAGUAAUUUGUUGCAUUUCUGAAAUCAUCGGAUCAAAGAAAAAGGAGGAAAUCAAACCUAAACUGGAAGAGUUGCAUCAUCUUUAUCCUGAUAUCAGCGACGAACACGUCUUGUGUAUUUUACACGUUCAAGGAACCGGGCGCAGCAAGAAGCUUUUGGGACAUUUCCAUCAGCUGCAGAAGGAUCAUCAGCCUCCCAAUGAGCCAGAGGAGAAACUGUUCUCAGAGAUAGACUGCGUCACACAAGUGGCCUGCUUUUCUUUAAAUCUCAGCGGCUAA